CGUUUCAGUGAAAGAAGAGGAAGACGCGUUCAGAGUGAAAGAGGAGGAUGAGGAUGUUACAGUAAAAGAAGAGGAUGAAGAGAUGGACAUUUCAGUGAAAGAAGAGGAAGAAGCGUUCCGAGUGAAAAAGGAGGAGGAUGUGAAGGUGAAGGAGGAAGAGAAAGAGGAGGAUACCGUUUUUGUAAUGAAGGAGGAAGGAGAGAUAACUGUCAUACUGGAGGAGGAAGAGGAUGAGAUUGGCGAUCUGAUUAACACCAGCGAGACAUGUGACAAUCGUGGAUCCUCUGGGGAGCCUCAACGACAUCAUGAUGCUGACGAGGCAGAGGAGAGUCUCUCCACUUCAAAACACCUCAAGAAACACCAGCGGAGACCCAAAACGAAAACUCACUGCUGCUCUGACUGUGGGAAAGGUUACAAAUAUUCAUCAGCUCUUAAAAAACACCAGAGGUUCCACACCGGAGAGAAAGUAUACCACUGCUCAGACUGUGGGAGGAGGUUUACUUCCUCAGUCGGAAUGCAAUUACACCAGAGAACCCACACUGGAGAGAAACCGUACCACUGCUCAGAUUGUGGGAUGGGUUUUACUACCUCAUGUAGACUGAUCUCACAUCAGAGAAUCCACACUGGAGAGAAACCAUACAUCUGCUCUGACUGUGGGAUGAGUUUUACAACCUCCGGUGGAAUGAUAUCACACCAGAGAGUACACACUGAGAAGACUUUUGCUGCCCGGACAGCCCUGGCUACUCACAAACGAAUCCACGCUAGGGAGAAACCAUUUCACUGCUCCGACUGUGGAAUGCGCUAUAUUACCUUCAGCGGCCUGAAAACACACCAGGCUAAACAUACCGGAGAGAAACCGUAUAGCUGUGAUGUAUGUGGGGAUAGUUUUUCUCUCUCCACAACCCUAUCUAUUCAUAAACGAAUACACACAGGUGAGAAACCUUACCACUGCCUUGACUGUGGAAUUAGCUUUUCAGCCUCAAGUGGCCUGAGAAGACACCAGAGAAAACAUACAGGAGAGAAGCCUUAUAGCUGUGAUCAGUGUGGGAAGGGUUUUCUUCGAUCAGACUCCCUGGCAAAACACAAGGCAAGAGCCACAGAGUGUGGAAUGAUCUCCAACACCAGACCUGGGUAGUAGAACAGAGAGUGUAGAAUGAUCUCCAACACCAGACCUGGGUAGUAGAACACAGAGUGUGGAAUGAUCUAUUUGUGAUAACUUUUGAUGUGGUAGUGUGUGUGUGUGUUCAACUUGUAUUUAAAAAUCCUACCACUUUUGAUUGAUCUAAUGUCAAAUUAUCACAAUUUUAAAUUUGUAAAUGGUGGAACAUUUAUAGAACAUGUUAUAGAUGGAGCAUCAGGACAAUAAAUGUGAUGUUUUGAUGUAGUUGGAGACCCUAGAAGUGUUCACAUUCCAGAUAUUGCUGCAUAUAAACAGAAAAAGGAGUUUCUAAUAUCAUGUAGCCUCGACUCCAGGUUUCACUGACGUUGCUCUCCAAAAGCCUGAGCAAGUUCAUGUUGGAAAAGUAGGUAUGAAAGCAUCCUGAUUACCUGUGGCUGCUGGCUGAUUGGCUGAGAGUAUAUGCCAUUUUUCCAAAUCAACCAUCAUUUCCAUCCCUCUUCAGAAACAGAGUAAGCUAAGAAAACCCAUUUCAGUCUUCUGGGACCAUGACCUGGGACCCUGACCCUGGGACCCUAACCCUGGGACCCUAACCCUGGGACCCUAACCCUGGGACCCUGACCCUGGGACCCUGACCCUGG